AUGUCUGUAUCGACUUCAUCUAGUCCUACACCGUCGAAAAAUGCGACGGCGAUUCAGAAACGCCCCAUUGCGGAGAUCAUCACAGAAAAGUUCCCGCCUUUUGACCACCGCAGCGCAAUCGUCGAGCCUUUUGACAACGAGACGAAACGGGACGCGGAGUUCAUGGAAAAACUCAACACCAUGCUGCUCGAACUAAUGUUGGAAUUCCAUGCUUGGUCGACUGCCCGACCUGCUCACGAAAGCGACAAGACCGCCGACGCGCUGGAAAAGGAAGUCAAGGCCGUGAUGGAACUAGAGCAGGAACAAGGCAUGUCUUCAUCAUCGCCGUCCUUGUCCCUCGUCGAGAGGACCCGUCAACAGCUCAGCGACUUCGUGACACGCAUCAAAUUGGCUCUGGCUGCUUUGACUGGCUUGGCUGGUUAA